UUCAUAUUUACGAUGGAAGAUGGACAUGAAUCUAAGAAAGGCCAAUAUAGUCAUUGGUCUGAACCAGAACACAAUAUGUUGCUCCGGUUAUUGGUGGAUGCUAUUAAACGAGGUUGGCGUGACGCAAAUGGUUCUUUUAACAAGUUAACGAUAGAGAAAAAAAUACUAUCGGUUUUAAACCAGAAGAUUGGUUCUGAGAAAAAUUAUAGCCACUACAAGAAUAGAAUGAAGAUAUUGAAGACUAGGUACCAGAGACAUUCAAAUCAAAGUCAUCUACGUGACAACUCCUUUAAAGACUAUGAGGAUUUGAACUUGAUAUUUGGAAGUAAUACAGCAACAGGAAAGAAUGAUAUUGGGUUAAGUGAUUCCAGUGCUCAACCUUCUGAGACUCAUGAUAUGAACCCCCUUGAAGAGGACCAAGGAGCAACGUACCAUCAUCAAGUUCAUGAGGAUGUUACACACACUCUUGAAAAGCUCCCUCAGAAGCUAUAA